AUGCAGAGGGUUCUCACGAGGGAGCUGUCCUCGUCGUCGUCUUCUCUAUUGGCGCGGCUGUGCAGCAGCCGGAAACUCGCUCAGCUCGCGGAAGCUAUCUCACCGGAGCAAAGCAAUGCUGUGCUGCCGAAGAUGCCGCCCUUCGAUUACGCGCCACCGCCGUACACCGGUCCGCGGAUAGAGGAGAUUCUGCGCAAGCGCUCCGAGUUUCUCAGCCCCUCCAUGUUUUAUUUCUACAAAAAACCCGUACGGUCCUCCCUCUGCAAUCCUUUCUCAGUUAUAUGUCCUGCCUGCGUGUGCAAUUCAUGUCGAUAUGUUUCCUCCGCUGAAGAGUUUUCUGGAAUUUUGGGUUCCUUCGUUGAGACAGAUUUGCCUCACGCUGUGUCCUGAAUCCACAUUUUCUUUCGGAUCCGGACAAUAACUGAUGCGCUCGGUCGGAGGAGUGUCCCUUUUCAUCUUUGGAGUAUUUUCCCUCGUCUUCGCUGUUCCUAAAAUAUUUUAUUGUCUUUCUGCUCCUCUCGGCGAUUUUGAAUGCAAGACUAGGAUCGUGCGACGGACUAUCGGAAUUUCAUGAACAGUUUCUUGUAUAUCUGAAAAUCAGCAUCUUGUGAUACUCACCGCUUUCCUUUAAUUUUUUUUCUUAAUCUUGCGGUCAUCAAUCAUUUCACUCUAUCAGAGAGUUCCCUCGUGUCGGAGUAACCUCGUAUCUAUUUCUAUCUUAGAGGAUCCGAAGAGUGACGCCUUUUUACUUGGAUUUACAUGGUAUGAAGGGGAUAAUAUAUUCUAUCUCCUAGACGAGUGCGACAUCAUGUCGUUGGACAAGAUUAAGAAAGGAAAAAGACGUCCGUGCAUUAUUUGACUCCUGUAGUCAUGCACAUCCCUGCUUUUGACUUGUGACAUUUAAUAUACUUGUUAAUUUCUCACACAUCUCGUUUGCGUGUUCUGUUCUCCUUUCCUCUCUCUUCUCCCCCACAAUCCAUAUUUGCUGAUUUAUCCGUCCUUCCACGCAAGCCUGUUUGUAGUUUUCCGGAAGUCUGCCGUGAUGCUUUUCGGUCCUUUUAAAUACUGUUUUCGACUGUUUGUAGAACUCGAGCUUCCGAAAUCAGGCGGUCGAGGGCUGAUGGUUUCUGUGAAAUUGACAUCAGGGAAUAAUAGCUCCUGACGGACAAGAAUCAUUUAGCCGUCCGACGAAUUCAGAUCUGCCAGUCAAUAAUAUGCUUCUUAAUCGCCAUUUUUGUCGUCUGAUGUCUGGUCGAAUAUCCACCUUUUCUCUGAUGAAAUCCAAAGUUAAUCGCUGUGGGAUUUUCACCUAACAUCCAUCAUUUUUUUUCUGUUCUUUUUUUCUUGCUGAGAAAAGAACUUCUUGAUCUAUUUCCACAACCAACAGUGCGAGUAGACUCUGUGCAUCCUCUUGCUUGCGUAUACCUCCGAUUGCUCGUGUUUACCAGGUGCGCUAACGUCCAAUUUCGACUGCUGCAGCUGAAUAUCGUCGAUGGAAAGAUGCAGUACCUGUAUGAUGAGGAUGGCCGCCGGUAUCUUGAUGCCUUUGGUGGGAUUGCCACUGUUUGUUGUGGACACUGUCAUCCCGAUGUCAUUGAAGCCAUUAUUAACCAGACGAAACGCCUACAGCACUCAACUGUAGUGUAUUUAAACCAUGCCAUUGCGGAUUUUGCUGAAGCAUUGGCUUCCAAGCUUCCUGGAGAUUUGAAGGUCCGUGCGUUUCGGCAAUAGUAGAAUUCUCAGGUUCUUUCUUUCUCUGUUACUAGUUAUGAUUUUCUUUUUUUUCAUUUCAUGGUCCUUUAGGUUGUGUUCUUCACCAAUUCUGGCACAGAAGCAAACGAGCUUGCCCUCAUGAUGGCUCGACUUUACACCGGUUGUCAUGACGUCGUCUCAGUGAGGAAUGCAUACCAUGGGAACGCUGCCGGGACAAUGGGGGCCACUGCUCAGAGCAACUGGAAGUUCAAUAUCGUACAGGUGAGCUCUUCUUGAAAAUGAACUUUUUUAAAAAAAAAAUUCAAUUCAUAGCAAACGAAUUUGAUGUUAAAGAAAACGGAUACGGUAGAAUACUAGGGCAUUUAGAUUUAAUUGUAUCAGUCACUAAUCUGGUUGCCACGUUUUCCAAUGGUUUUUUCUUUUCUUUUGGGGGGUGGGGGACGGCGGAAAUCAGACCGGAAUGCAUCAUGCGCUGAAUCCAGAUCAGUACAGAGGUGCUUUUGGUAGUGAUGGGGAAAAGUAUGCUAAAGAUGUCCAGGAGAUCAUCGAAUUUGGAACUUCUGGUCAUGUUGCUGCCUUCAUUUCUGAAGCCAUCCAGGUGAAGCUUGAGAUCCACUCGUUUCGUUUUCAUCAGCAUUCUACACGGCACAUCCAUCUCCUAACUGCUGGGUGCACCGUUUUGUACAGGGCGUGGGGGGCAUUUUGGAAUUAGCCCCUGGAUACCUACCUGCGGCAUACAAAAGCAUCAGGAAAGCAGGCGGUCUCUGUAUAGCCGACGAGGUCCAAUCUGGAUUUGCUCGCACGGGGAGCCAUUUCUGGGGAUUCGAGGCUCAUGGUGUUGUCCCUGACAUCGUCACGAUGGCUAAGGUAAGAUCAGCUCUUCGUGUGAUUUCCAUCUUCUGAUUUCUCCAAGGCCUACCUUGACCUACUGUGCCAUGUGCCAUGAUAAUCCUUUGAACUAGGGUGAUUUAAUCUGCUUCUUAGAUUCCAUCACUCAAUCCGAUUAAAGUCUGCUAUGUUCAUCUCAUUAUAUAAAUACCCGGUUUCCUAAUGAGCCUCUCCUAUCCUCCUCACCUUUUUCCUCAGGGCAUUGGGAAUGGGCUUCCCAUCGGUGCGGUAGUUACAACACCGGAGAUCGCAAAGGUCUUGACCCGUCGGAGCUACUUCAACACAUUUGGUGGGAACCCCGUCUGCACCGCCGGUGGGCUCGCGGUCCUCAAAGUCCUUGAGAAAGAAAGACUUCAAGAAAACGCCCUUGUCGUCGGCUCUUACCUGAAAGGGCGCCUGGAGAACCUUCAGGAAAAGCACGACAGUAAGCUUCUUGUCUCCUGCUGUUUCUCCCAUCUCUCGGGCAUUCAUAUCUAGGCAGCAUGCUCAUCUCAUGUUUUGAUCUACUCCCCCGGGGACGGCGGCUGCAGUCAUAGGAGACGUCCGAGGAAGAGGCCUGAUGCUCGGCGUGGAACUGGUCACCGAUCGGCGAUCAAAGGCUCCAGCCAAGGCGGAGAUUCUACGCGUCAUGGAUCAGAUGAAAGGUUUGUUCUUCAGAUCAAAGGUCUGAUAGUAACAUAAAUGGCGGUCUCUAUCUCUCAUGAUUCGUGCGGACUUGGCCGGUAAUGAAUCCUGAUCGAGAGGGACCUAUUCGAUUUUCUCCCGAUUAGACUAACCUGCGUUUGCUUCGCAGAAAUGGGUGUCCUGGUCGGGAAGGGCGGCUUCUACGGGAACGUGUUCAGGAUUACUCCCCCCCUCUGCUUCACCAAGGAUGAUGCCGGUGAGUUCCUCGCUAACCCAUGUGAGAUUCUCCCCUUUUGCGAUUCAUGCAGAAAGUUUCUCACACAUUUUUGCUUGCGGCAGACUUUCUGGUCGACUCCAUGGAUCUCGCAAUCUCGAAGCUGUGA